AUGUCCCUCGUCGAUGGACUCAGGCGCGAUGCAUCUACCAAACGCGACCAUGAGUUAAGAUCCAUAUCGUCGAGCCAUCGCGGUCUGCUGCGCGGCUUGUGGAGCGUCAACACCCUCAUCCACAACAACCUCAACCUCGCCUCAUUAAUAAACCAUGCACGCGAUUCUGAGGCCAUCACCGACGACGAGGCUAUAUUUCUCAAAAAGAACGACUUAUCAAACGGCCUACUCUUCGACCCGGCGUCUUUACCACCCCUCCCACCGACGACCGCACCACAACAUGUCGAUGCUCCCAUAUACGCAUCAAAACCCUCUUCCACCUCUACCGAACUAAUCCAGCAGGUCGAAAAAUCAGAAAAUGUCGAUGCGACCGCAGAGGAUGGCGUCGCAGCUGCUGUCGCUGCCCAACUGGACCCAACUGGAUCAAAGUCUACCGUCGCAACCCAGCCAACUACGCCGAAUGCAGCCCAGGACGAUGCCAAAGCGCCCCGAUCAGCUUCUACGACGCACAACGCGCCAGAUCAGCCAGAUGGGCCGGAUGUUCCACCUGUAGACGUCGCACCGCCUUUACCGGAGGAUGAGGCAGACUUGACGGCCUCUGAACAGCAAUAUGUUGAUCAACAAGAGCCUUCUAAGCCUGCAAAGGUCGUCCACUUGCCGCCAGAGGAUGUGCAGGAGGCGAAGUUGCGAGAGCGCGAAGCCGAGGAGGAGCGACGACGACAGUCCGACGCUGAGUCCAAGUCAUCGCAACAUCUCGCCGCACCACAGACAGAGAUUGCGUCUAGUCCAUCAUCUACUGUCGGUCCAUAUUCAGCUGCCACUCCAGUACCGCCCCAGGAUUCGCCAGACACGUCGCCUGACUCAGAGAGCGCACAAGUCGAAGUGCUUCCACCGAAGGAGGUACGGCCUUCAGAUGAGGAGCAGCGUCAAAAAGAGGAGCACGACCGGUUACUGGAGGCGCAGAAGGAGAUUGCGAAGAGAGAGGCUCUGGGCGAUGUUGAUCAGACUCCAGACGAACAAUUACAGUGGGAGGCUCGAGAAGCUGCUGCACGAGAAGCUGAAGAGCAAGCCGCAAGAGAAGAAGUUGGCGGACCUGAACCCGCUAGUAAAGAUGCUCGUGACUCUACAGAGGCAGAACAGGUCGUGGAGAGCAUGCAAGUCGAUGAUGAAACUGAGGCGCAGGCGGUCUCCAUCCCGGCGCAAGACGAGAAGCAUGUGAAGACUCCUGCUGCUGAAGAAGUGGAAGGUGUGGACAGGGAAACCAAGACGAAGGGUGACGAUGAUACUGUUGAUGUUGCUUCGCGCAGUAACAGGACACCGCACCCCAUCGACACCACGGUACAGACUGAAUCACCUGGUGAGCCAUCCACAGCGUCUGCACGGCCGGAGAGGAUGACCACAAGAGUCUCGUCUGGUGUUCUGAGGCAGAAGUCUGUUUCAGAGAUCCUAGGACAGUCGCAGUCGCCGCCCACGAAUGAUCAGUUCGAUUCGAGCAAGGCAGCGAUGUCUCCCGAACCUAUCUCGCCUCUGACCCAGCGAAAUCCUAACGACAACGCGAAUAUCACACAGGCGACGCCAAUCAGCACUGCACGGCAGACACCUCGUUCACUUCAACAACAUCGCCUAUCGACUGUAUCACGUCCUUCACUUGAACAACUCGAUACCCUCAAAGGCGCCGCGGACGACCCAAACAAGGAUUAUUUGGAGCCUCUCUUCAGGAUUCAAGCUCAUGAAGCCCCCAACUCGAACACCAAGACUCUUCCUGAGCUGGUCCGAACAGGAACCAAGGCGCUUUCCACGGACGAUCACUUCACCGCACUCCAUGAACGACUGGACUUUCGAAUGCUUCGCCGGAUCUAUCAAUUGCAAAAUGCGAACAAGUGGUCGCUCAGGCAGAUGGAGAAGUGUAGAGAACCGGAACAACCGGUCACUUUACAUGAUCAUAUGAUGGAAGAAAUGAAGUGGAUGAGGAAGGACUUCAAAGCCGAACGCAAGAUGAAGAAGAACGUAUGUGCGUUCCUGGCUCAGAAAUGCUCUGAAUGGGUUGCGUCCGGUCCUGAGGAGAGGAAGCUGUUACAAGUCAAGGUCAAUGCGACUGAACCCAAAGCAACGGAAGACGCUGCAGACGCCGUGCCUGAAUUGGAGCAAGCUGGAGACUCGGCAGCUGAGGAUGACAUGGCUCCACGAACACCUCGAGAUACUUCACCCCUGCCUGCCACCGUCGUGAUUGCACCAGAUCUUGCAGAGACUGUACAAGAGUUGCGAAAGUCUGGAAAACUUGCCAAGGCUGUCACCACCCUACCCAUCGUCGGUCUUCGCCAAGAACAAGAUCCAAAAUCGACGAGGACCCCAGUCACAUUGGUGUCAAAGUUCAUCGAAGGCAAAGUGCUUCCCAAAUCAGCCAAUCCCACCCUGAAGCGAAGCCGAUUUGAGUACGAGGAUGAGGCGGAGGCUCUAGAGGCUGAACCGGACAGCAAGCGAUUGCGUGAGGAGCAAAUACUUGCCCCCGAGAACGUCGAGUGCGCCCUUUUCCAAGACGAGAGCAAGCCUAUACGCGAGCGGUUGCACUCCAACAACGCUUUCAGACCACCGUCUGAAUUUAUCAUGCCAUCGACUCCAUUCUACGAAUUCCGCAACGGUUCACAGUGGAUCCAAGACGAUGACCAAAAGCUUCGAAAACUGGCCAAAGAGUACUCGUUCAAUUGGUCGCUCAUUGCAGAUGAGAUGGCAUUGCCAACUCGUUUCAAGAGCUCGGCCGAGCGUCGUACACCUUGGGAGUGUUUCGAGAGGUGGGUGGAGUUGGAGUCGCUUCCAGCUGACAUGCGCAAGACGGUCUAUUUCAAGACGUGGUUCCAGCGGCUGGAGCAGAGCCAGCAGGCCGCCGAGCGCAGAUAUUUGCAACAGGUCGCCCAUCUACAACAAGCAGCUGCAGCCAGUGGUGCUCCUGCGCAUGUCCCGCCUCGGAGGAGGACCAUUCCAACACGCGUGGAGAAACGCAAGUCUUCCAGGUAUCUGUGGAUGAUUGAUGGGUUCCGCAAGCUGGCCAAGAAGCGCGAGCAGCAGCAGUGGAAGCAAGCUGAAACUGCCCGCGCUGCCGCCCAGCGAAAGUCUCAAACGGAAACGAAUCCAGUCAAGAUGGUCAAGAUGACACCACAGGAGUUCAGCAAGAAGCGACAAGAACGUGAUGAACAAAUGAAGGCAGCACAGUUGCAAUAUCUGCAGAAACAGCGCGAAGCGGCGCAGCGUCAGUCGCUCAUGGCUCGCCAAGCGCAGCAGGGAGGACUACCAAAUGGCGCACAGCCUCAACAACGUCCCCCAGGCGCAAAUCAGCAAGGACAGCAGCCUCAGGUCCAGCAGCCGCAGCCCAACGGUCAGCCAAAUGUCAACGGACAGGCUCCGCCUCAGCAGCCCCAAGCCCGGCAAGCAGUGGCAGUGGCACCUCAGCGAAAUGGACAUCUGGCGCCGCCACAAGUCAACGGCCAAGGCAUGCCACAGGCUCAGAUGCAAGCACGACCUGGCAUGCCGCAGCAAAACAUGCAGCAAAUGGCGCAGGCCAACGCUCAGGGACGAAACAAUCAGUUUCCAAACCAGCAGCAAUACCCAAUGCCUAACGGCAACAUGCCAAGUCCGGGCGGCAACAUGACCACUGCGCAACAGCUGCAGCAGAAUCAAGCGCUACUUGCGGCAUUCCAUCAGCAACAGUCCGGCAACAAUCAAGGGCAGAACAUGACCCAGAACGGCACGAACCAGCAAAUGUCUGCUUCUCCGAGCAUGCCCCCUCCGCCUACUCCGCAUGGCGGCACUCCUCAACAGCUAUCGUCAGGACAUGUGCCCCAGAUUAUUGCCAUCACCAAUCAGCUUCGGAUCAGCAACCCUGGUUUGUCUGACGACCAACUGAAAGCGAUGGCAACGCAGCAAAUGAAGGCUCAAUCUCAGUCAUCGAGCCAGACAAGACAAAGCGCAAUGAACGCGGCUGCUGGCAUCCCGAAUCAAUCGCAAAUGCCGCAACAACAAUACGCCCAUAACCAGAACGCUUACCAGCGCAAUGGCCAAAUGCCCGGCGGCAUGAACGGAAUGUAUCCCAAUGGUGACGGCAAUAUGCAACAGGCGAACAUGAGCCCUGCCAACAGCAGUCCAUCGCAGCAACAAGUCUAUGCUCACAAGCUCUGGCAACGGCAGCAGCUUCAGAUGCAACAAACGCAAAGCCCGAAUGCGCAACACGCACAGCUGAAUGGCAGUCCGAGCGUGUCUCACGCGAGCCCAAGUAUGACGCCUGCAAGUCCCUCGAUGCAAUACUCGAACACAACCCCGAUGGGAGGAAUGGGCACUCCCAUGGCCAACGGCAUGAACGGUCAGCGACCGCCAUCCAGGAGCAACACUCCGCAGAUGCAGCGACUGGGAAGCUCGGGCAGUGGUGUUCCCACGAUGGGCAGCGGCAUGCAGAGCCCAGGAUCUCAGAUGCAAGGCAGCAGCACCCGCAACAUGCAGGCAAGCAUGGCACGUUAG